AUGGAAAAAAAAUGGAUACGAGAAAAGUGUGUCGAAUAUAAUUUUAACAAAAUGCAAAAUGAAGAAACAAUAAAUGAAAAGGACGAUGAGAUUAUGAAUAAAAAUAGCUGGCAUGUUAUUGAAGAAAGGGAUGAAAAAUAUAAAAAAAAAGAAAAUAAAAUAAUAAUAAAUAAUAAUAAUGGAUUUGUAAAUAAAGGUAAUAAUAUAAAAAUAAAUAAACAUAAUGAAUGUAUUAACAAUAAUGUUAAUAAUAUACAGAGUAAUAAAUUACAAAGUAAUAAUAUACAAAGUAAUUAUAUACAAAGUAAUAAUAUACAAAGUAAUAAUACUUUUAAUAUAUCAUCAGAAGAUUUUAUUGAUGAUACAAAAAUAUUUAAUGAUGAUUUAUCAUUAAAAAGUGAAGCACAUUUUAAUUAUAUUCCUAAUAAUAUAUAUAAAGAUCAAGACAAUCAAGAAAAUUGUAAUACUUUUCAUAAUAAUAAUAACAAUAAUGUUGAUAAUUCUCCUGUUAUGUACAAAGAAGAAAUAAAAUCGUUGAAGAAGGAAAAUAAAAAUUUAAUUAAUAGUAAUAUGAGUUUAAAUAAAUCUAUAUCCAUUAAUAAUAUAAAUGAGCAAGAGGAAGAUAUAAAGAAAGACUUGAUACAAAAUGAAAUAUCUACCGAAAUAAACAUAAAUAAUAAUUAUGAUGAUUAUAAUAAUAAUUAUUUUUCAUAUAAUUAUGUAAAUAAUAAUGAUCAAUUAGUUUCACUUCAAAAUGGAUGUGAUUAUAAAGAUAGGUGUAUUAUAGAAAAUAAUGUGGAAGAUGAAAAUCUUAAAUUACAAACAAAUAAAAAAAGAAAUUUAACAAAUGAAUAUAUAAAUAAGUCAUAUUAUGAAAACAUAAAAAACUUAGAUAGUAAUAAUUCUAUGUCCUUUAAAGGUAAUAUUUAUCAAUUGCCUACUAGGGCUCCUAGCAUUUGUCCGUCUAUGGUACCUAAUACAUCAAAUUAUUUUAUGGAAAAGGAUAAAAUAAAACACAAACAAAAUGAGAAACAAAUAGAUAAUGAGGAUAUAAAAUAUAAAGACCAUAAUGAAAAGGAGUGUGUAUAUGAUCAUAGAGAUGAUAACAACAACAACAAUAAUAAUAAUAAUAAUAAUAAUAAUUCAAAAAAAGAUAUAUAUUAUUACAAGGAUAAUAAAGAAACAUAUAAUUAUCAAGAAAUGUCGAAUAACAUAGUAGAAAAUCAAUACACCAUAGGAAACAUGAACAAUAUAAAUAAUAAUACAUAUAAACCCAUCAACACACAUAUGUUAUAUGAUAACAAAAAUGAUAUGCUAAUUACAAGACAAAAAAAAAAUUUGAAAUUAAAAAAGAAAAAAGAAAAAAAUAAAGAUAAAAUUACAAUAAAUUAUAAAGAAAAAAUUAUAAUAAAUGAUAAAGAAAAGGAAAAAAUAAUGAAAAAGAUAGACAAGAUAAAUAAAAAGAAACGUUUGAAACUUACAAAUAAAUAUAAUAAUAAUUAUAAACUUUUUAAAAGCUUUGUCUUUUCACUUAAUAAUCCAAUUAAUUUUUCUCCUUCAUCAAAAGAACAAGAUUCAAAUUAUAUGAAAUAUAAAACUUUAAAAAAUGAAAAAUAUGAUUUCAUGAAUAAAAAUUCGACAUAUAAAAAAUUUGAUCAAAUUUUUUUUUCAGAAGAUUUUAUUACUUAUGAUUUUCAAUGGGUUGAAACAGAUGGAGUUGUAUCUUCUUAUGCAUAUGACUUUUCCUUUUUUGACGAAUCCGAUAAAUGUAUGGUAUCCUUAGAUAUCAUAGAUAAAGAUGAAGAACAGGAUCAAGAAGAUAAUGAAAAGUAUAACACUUGUUAUAACUCUCAUAAUGAGCAGGCAAUAUUACAUUCAAAUAUACCUAAGACUAUUGAAGAUUCUCCAAACAACGAAAAUGAAAUAAAAUAUAACAUAGCUACAAAUAUAAACAAUGAUAUGUCUAAUAAAAUACAUAUGAAUGAUUACCAAAAAAAGGAACAAAAUAAUAAGAAUAAUAUCGAUGUGAAGAAAGAAUCAAAAUUAAGUAAAGAAUACAACAAUGUUGAUGAAGAAAAAAAAAAAAAUUUAUAUGUUGAAAAUAAAAAUGAUUUCGUAAUAAUGUAUUCCAAAAUAAUUAAUAUACGUUUUAUAUAUUCUACUGAUAUGUUAAAACAUUAUAAUCACCCAUCUAUUAAUUUAUUUAAUACAAACAACACACAUGGUACAAAAGGGAAGGAUAAAAGCACAAAUAUUAUUUCUAGUAAUAAAAAUGACAAACUCAUGGGUAAAAAAAUUUAUUUAACAAAUGAUGAUACAACUAUAAAAUGUAAUAAUAAUAUGAGAAAUGAUAUAUUUGACGAACAAAGCAGUCAAAUGGUUUCGAACAAUUUUUUGGACAGUAUAAAUGAAUAUCAUAUAGAAACAUCAAAUAAUAAAAGAAAUAUAAUGGAAAAGAAUGGAGAAGAUAUAUUUAUUUCAGAUAUUAAAGAAGAUAAAGAUAAUAAUAUUUUAAUAAAACAAGAAGAUUUUGAAAAAAAAAAAAAAAAAAAAAUUCUAAAUAAUAAAAUAAAAAAACAUUUAAAUAGUAUGAAUGUAAGAAUUAUUAUAAAAGAGUGGUAUAUAGAUUAUGUAUUAUAUCCAAAUUCUAUUCCUUAUAUUUAUGUUAUAUCUACAAAUAAUAAUAGAUAUCGUCUAGAUAAACCAUUAGCUCAAUAUUUCCAUAUUUUUACAAAAGUCAGACAAAAAUUUGAAAUAACUACCAGAAUUCUAAAAACGUUGCAAGUGUAUCCAAAUAUGUCUUAUAAUCGUUUGAUUUCUUAUUUAACAUUAUACAAUUCUAUAAAAAAAAAAAUGAAACUAAUAAAUGAGGAAGAUCAAGAUGUACCUCUAGGAUAUACAAAAAGUGAAGAAAAUGAAUCAUCUGAAGAAAUAGAAAAAUGUGAUAAAAAUAUUAAUAAUGAUGUUCAUAUAAAAACAUCUAAUUUUUUUAAUCUACAUGAUAGUAACAAAAUAAACAAGCUUUAUUCAAUUAAUGAUGAUGAAAUAUAUCAUCAAAAUAUACGAAAUGAAGAUAAUUUAAUUAGAAAUAAUAAUGAAUUUCUUAGUGACAAUCUAUCUUAUUAUGAAAGCUGUACAUCCGAUUUUAAUGAAAGAAAUAUACACCAUGAUGAAUUCGAUAAUAUAAUAAUAAAACAGGAUACUGCACUUACCACGAAAAGGGAUAAAUAUGAUGUUAUACAAAAAAAUAUUAAUUUAUCAGAAAAAAAUGGUACUGGUGUUUAUAUUAUGCCUGAUGGUAGCAAAAGUAAAAAAUGUUCAUGGGGUGCACCUUAUGCCGUCUUUGAAUGUGAUAAAAAGAAAAUAAUUAAUUUAUAUAAUUUUAUAAAGAAGGAAAUAAAAUUGUUGGAAUGUUUUAAUAUAAAUCAUUUAUUGGAUACUCCUUUCAUGAAAACGUUAGAAGAAAAAUAUCAUGCUCAAUAUGAUAAACGCAGUGAACAGAAAAACAAAAAUGUGCAACAUAAUGAUAUGAAUAUUAUUGGUAGUAAUAAUAUGGUUGAUGUAAAGGAUAUUAAUUUUAAUGCUGAUGAGAAAGGUAGUAAUAUUCAUCACAAAGAUGAGACUAACUUAUAUAAGAUGGAAAAAAUGGAAUCCGGUGAAAUAGAUAACAAUGUUUUUGAUAAGAAGGAUUCCAAUAUACACCAUGUAUAUAAUAAUAAUAAUAAUAAUAAUAAUAAAAACAAUAAUGAAUAUUCAAACGAUAGAUGUACAUUAAAACAUGCAGAAGAUGUAAAAAUAGACAUAAAAAGAAACGGGAAAAAAAAAAAAAAAAUGAUAAAUGAAGAACAUAUAAAUAGAGUAAAAAAAACAAAAGAAAAGGAAUUUAAUAUUAAGAGACAAAAUGAAAUAUCAAAUAUUACAUUUAAUCAUAAUAUAAAUCAAAUUUAUGAAUUACCAUUACAUAUUAUAGUACCUUUAGAACAUGAAAAUAUUUUAAAGAUUUGGUCUUUCUUUAAUAAUUUCAAAGAUGAUAUAUUCCAUACUAACAUUUCUCUAAAAAAGAUAGAAGAUAUAUUUUUGUUCAAAAGAAAUAUAUUUAAUAAAGAAACAAUUUAUUAUUCAAUAAUUAAUAGUACUUAUUUAAAAGAUUAUGUAGAAAAACAUAAUUUGUUAUACAGAUUAUUCUUAAAAAUAUCGAAUAACAUAAAUAAAAAAAAAGAAAAGACUUUUCCCAAUAUAAAUAUUAAAGAUAAUAUUUUAAAAAGCUUGUUAAUAUUAUUACAUUAUUCAUUAAUAAGAAAAAAAAAUGCAUCAGAUAUACAAAACAGUGAUAGUAAAAAAAAAAGAAAACAAGAAAAAUAUAUAAUUAAAAAUGAGGACUUUAAUAUAUAUCAAAUGAUGGAUGAAUAUGAAUUUCCUUUGUUAAAUAAUUUUUGUAAUUUGGAACUUAAGAAAAAUAUAGAAAUGAAUACAGAAAAUAUUAAUACAGAUGAUAUGGAUGAUACUAAUAAUAAUAAUAAUAAAAAUAAUGAUGAUAAAAAUAAUGAUGAUAAUAAUAAUGAUGAUAAUAAAAAUGAUGAUAAUAGGGUUGAUAAUAAUCAUAACAAUGAUGAUAAUAAUAAUAAUGUGGAAGAAAAAAAAAAAAUGAUUCCAAACGAUAAAAUGUGCACAGAGGAAUAUAAAAUGAAAGUACUCUUAUUAGAAGAUAUAAAACGUCAAUGUAUUCGAUAUCAUAAUAAAAAUAAAAAAAAGUUUAUAAAAAAAUAUGAGAUGGAUCGUUAUUCAUUGUAUAAUACAAAUUAUGAAGAAAAUAUUUAUAGAAUUAACACAAAACGAAGAAAAAUUAAUAAACCUCUCAGGAAAAUACGACCCAUUAGACAAUUAAGACAAUUAAGAAAAAUAAGACAAAUUAGACAAAUAAAACAAAUAAAUGAAAAAAGAAAAAUGAAAAGAAAAAAAAAAAGAAGAAGAAGAAGAAAAAAAAAAAUAAUCAUAAGUAGAAGAAGAAAAAUAAAUGAACAAAAUGAUAUUUGUUCUGUAAAUGAUAAUAAAAAUAUCAAAAUAUUUUCAAAUAAAAUAUCUAAAGAUUAUAUUUAUGAUGAUUAUACAUACUCACAUAUAAAUAAAAUGAAUUAUAAUAAUUAUAUAUCAGAUACAUUAUCGUGUAUUAAUUCUGAAGAUUCUUUACUACCUUUGACAAGAAAAAGAAGAAGAAGAAAAAAAAAAAAAAAGAAAAAAAGAACAAUAAGUAGAAUAAGAAGAAGAAGUGAAACAAUAAGUACAAUAAUAAGAAGAAAUGGAACAAUAAGUAGAACAAGAAAUAGAACUCUGUUUAAUGCUCUAUAUAAUUCACAAAACGAAUAUAUGUUUAAAGAAUUAAAUAACAUUCAACCUAACCAAAUGCUUAUAAACGAAAGCAUGAAUAAUUAUACUCCUGCAGAAAAUAUUUAUUAUAAUAAUUCAACAGAACCAUAUAUUAAUAAUAAUGAUAUAGCUUGUAACGAUAAUAUGAAUUAUGAUAAUAACACGUUCGAUCUUUUUAAUUAUGAAUAUACCUCUUUUGAUAAUACCUAUAAUUCUUAUCAAAAUGAAGAUUAUUAUAUGGAUGACAACACGGAUAUUAUUUUUUAUUCGAAAGAUACAGCCAAGUAUUAUAUGGACACAUUAAGUAAUAAGCAAAAUGAUGACGUAGGAAAGGAUGAACAAAUAUUAAAUGAUAACAAAAUGUUAAAUGAAAAUAAAAUAUUAAAUGAAAACAAAAUGUUAAAUGAAAAUAAAAUAUUAAAUGAAAACAAAAUGUUAAAUGAAAACAAAAUGUUAAAUGAAAAUAAAAUAUUAAAUGAAAACAAAAUGUUAAAUGAAAACAAAAUGUUAAAUGAAAACAAAAUAUUAAAUGAAAACAAAAUGUUAAAUGAAAACAAAAUGUUAAAUGAAAAUAAAAUAUUAAAUGAGAACAAAAUAUUAAAUGAGAACAAAAUAUUAAAUGAGAACAAAAUAUUAAAUGAGAACAAAAUAUUAAAUGAAAAUAAAAUAUUAAAUGAGAACAAAAUAUUAAAUGAGAACAAAAUAUUAAAUGAGAACAAAAUAUUAAAUGAAAACGACGUUACAAAUAAAAACCAAAGUAAUGAAGAAAACAAUUUAUUAAUAGAACAAGAUAAUGAACAAAUUUGUAAAAACGAAAAGAAUAGCAAUCAUAUAAAUGUUAUACAAUUUGAAGAAAACAAAGAAUAUAACAAGGAAGAUGUUAAAGAAAAGUUACAUGAAAAUGAAUCAUUUCAUAAUGAGGAUGAAACAUAUACAUCCAGUAUCUGUGAAGAAAUGCCAUCAGAUUUAAAUCCUUAUAAUGAAAGACAAGAAUAUGAAGAAGAAAUUACUAAUGAUAAUUAUAAAAAUAUUUUAUCCAAUGUAUUUCUACACAGAAAUAAGAAAAAAAUGAUAUUCGAAAAAUAUGAUGAUAUUAGAAUAUUAGAUAAUAUAUCUUGGACCAUCUUGUUGAAGAAAUAUAUUUUUAUCAUUCUAUAUACCAUGAAACAUUGUAUCGUAUUUAAUGAUAAGGAAGAAAAGAAGGCUGAUAAUAAAUUGGGAGUUGACAAAGGUGAUCUCAUUAAUAAAUGUAAUAUUAUGGAUAAAUGUGAACCCGUUGAUGUGUAUGAUAAAAAACGUGAAAACAUUAAGAAUGAUAUUGAAUGUGUUGUUACAAAAAAUGAUGAAAAUAUUACAUUAAGUGAUGAUAUUAUAAAGAAUGAAGAAAAUACACAUAAAAAUCUGUUACAUAAUAAUUUAAAUCCUAAAGAUGUAAUAAAUAAUAAUAUAGAGAAAGAAGAAGUAUUAUAUGAUACAUUUAUAAAAACAAAUGAUAAUACUGAAAUAGUAGAUGAUAGAUUAUCUUUUUUUAAUGAUAACCUAGAUGUAGAAGAUGACAAAUAUUAUCAUUUCAAUAUGUCUCAUUGUUUAAAUGGUGAAAAAAAUAAGAAAAAUGUUUUUAACAAUUUAAAUUCUUUAUAUAGUAUAAAUUUAGAUAACAUAAAUUUAGAUAGUAUAAAUUUAAAAAAGUAUAAAUUAAUGUGGUUACUUAAUGUGAAUAAAACCUAUUUAAAUUAUAAUGAAAUUAUUGAUCUAAUUCAUAUUUGGAAUUUCUUAUGUAAAGAAAAUAAUACUUAUGAAAUGUUAAAUGAAACAGAUAAAAUGAAAAUAAUAAUGUUCUUUAUAAAUAUAAUACGAGAUAGUAAUAUAUGUAAUGAAUUUGUAAAAAAAAAUAUUGAUACUAAUAAAACAUUUUUAAAUCUCGAUCAAUUAAAUAAUUCAGUGAAUCAUGUAUUAAUUAAUGAAAAGAAUGAUUCUAAUAUGUGUGCAACUAAUAAAGAAAUCGAUACAAAUAAAUUAUUAUUAGUUAAAUAUGAAAUGAAGAAUCUUUUUACAAAAGGAGAGGAAGCCAAUAUUGUAUCUAAUGUAAAUAAUAAUAAAGGAAUUAAUAAUUAUGAACCUGUCAGUAUAAAUCAAAAAGAGUGUGAAAAGAUAUAUAUGCCGAUGGAAUCGAGCUUAUUAAAAGAAACAAGUGACCAUACAAAUUAUAAAAAUGGUGGAAAUGUUAAGAGUGAUAGUAAUAAUAAUAAUAAUAAUAAUAAUAAUAGUAGUAGUUGUAGUAAUAAUAAUAUUUGUAUUAUGCAAAAUGAAUAUUUAGGGAAUGAUAGAUAUGAUAAUAAAUAUUAUUAUCUUGCGGAUAUUUUUGGUUAUAUAAAUAGAAUAUAUGUGUUAUAUAAUAAUAAUAAAAAUAUAAUAAAUGAUGAAAAUAAAAAGUUACAUACAGAACAUAAUAAUAAUAAUAAUAAUAACAAUUGUUGUAAUAUCUCUGUGGAGAUAAUGAAUUCUUUUGUGUUUUGUCCUAUUCAUCAAAACGCAAAUACAACAAAGCUUUCCAAAUAUAAUAUAAAUAUUGGUUAUAUUGAAGGAAUACAAAAUAUUGAUCUUUUUAUUAACAACUUUGACACAUCCAUAUAUAAUGAGACAAAUUUAAAAAAAAAAUUUAUCCAAAUAAAAGAAAUUAUACAUAACGAACAAUUUAAAGUUUUAAAGAAGAAUUUUAAAAAAGAAAAAUGUAAUAUUAAAAAAAAAGUCAACGACAAAAAUUAUAAUUGUAAUGAUUUAGAAGGUACCAUAAAAGAUAUAGAUGAUGAGGAAAGUUUGAAAGAUACCACUCAUCUUAUAUUAGAUCAUCCAAUUUGUGAAAAUAAGAAAAAUUUUGAUAAAGAUUAUAAGGAAAAGGAAUUAGCUAAAUUACCUACUAAAAGAAGUAAUGGUGACAACUUUACUCCUGUUAUUAAAGGGAAAGAAAAUAAAACAAAUCAUAAUAAAGAGAAUAAUGUAAUUAAAAAAAGUAAUGUUAAAUCCAAAACACAAAGUACACAAUCCAAAACACAUAGUACCCAAUCCAAAACACAAAGUACACAAUCCAAAACACAUAGUAGCCAAUCCAAAACACAUAGUAGCCAAUCCAAAACACAUAGUAGCCAAUCCAAAACACAAAGUACACAAUCCAAAACACAAAGUACACAAUCCAAAACACAAAGUACACAACGCAAAACACAAAGUACCCAAUCCAAAACACAUAGUACACAAUCCAAAACACAAAGUACCCAAUCCAAAACACAUAGUACCCAAUCCAAAACAAAAAGUACCCAAUCCAAAACAAAAAGUACCCAAUCCAAAAGUGAUAAGAAAGAUUUAAAAGAAAAUAUAAAAACGAAAGAGAAAAUUAUAUAUUUUACAGAAAAUGAAAAAUUAUUUGAGCAAGUUUUUUAUAUUUGUGAAAAAAUUCUUCAUUUUAGAAAAGAAAUAAAUAAUUUAUUAAGUGUAACAUAUGAAAGACAAAUUGAUCGAAAAAUAUAUAAUUUCAUAAAUUAUAGUAUGCAUCAUAUUAUUAAUGGAACCGUAACAAGCAAUACCAUAAAAUUAAUAUUUAAUAAAUAUAUACAUAUCUUAUAUAUAAUAGAAAAAUGUAUGUGUUCAAAUACUCCUUGCUAUUUUAUAAAGAAAAAAUGGAUUACCACAUUUCAUAAACAAUGGAUUGAUGAUAUUGAAUUAAUAAAUAAUCAAAUCGAUGAUUAUAUGGAUACAUUAAAUAUAUUCGAUAUUUUACCUCUAUUAAAUAUAUAUUUUAAUUUCUUCUAUAUAUAUGGGAUCAAUGUUAAAGCUCUAUAUAAAUGGAAAACAUAUAAUAUUGAGCACAGAAUAUUAACCAAAUAUAAAGAAGAAUCUAUUAUUUGGACUAACGAAGUUAAAUAUCUAGAAAAAUUCUUUAUGAAAGAUUAUAAUAAAAAUUAUGAAAAAAUGAUGGCACGCAGAAAUAAAAAAAAUCAAACUGAACAGAAAUUAAAGGAUCAACAGGAAGAUAAAGUUUAUAAUAAUGGAAAUCAUGAACAACAAAAUGAUGCUGAACACAAAAAGAAUGAUGAUUCGAUUAUACAAGGUGAUCAAAAAAUAUGUCACGAUGACCAUUUGAAUGAUGACCAAAAAAUAUGUCACGAUGACCAUUUGAAUGAUGACCAAAAAAUAUGUCACGAUGACCAUUUGAAUGAUGACCAAAAAAUAUGUCACGAUGACCAUUUGAAUGAUGAUCAAAAAAUAUGUCACGAUGACCAUUUGAAUGAUGACCAAAAAAUGAGUGACGAUACCAAAAUAAAUGAUGACCAAAAAAAGUGUGAUGAUACAAAAAAAGACGAUGACGAAUCCGAAAGUGAAAAAUCAACUGAUGAAGAAGACACAGAAGACGAAAUUAUUAUACAAAAAAGAAAAAAAAUGAAUGUUCUAAGAAAAAAUUUAUAUGAAUAUAUGCCUUUUCAAAAGAACGAAAAAUAUUUCUACUUUAAAGAAGGACAUAUGGAACAUAUAAAUAAGUUUAAAGACUAUCAUACAAUUUAUAAAAAAGAAGAUAAUAUUGAUGAAUUCGCAAGUGUCGAACAACUUCAUGUACAUGAUAUUAAAAUAUUUUUUAUUCCUAAAAUAUAUAAAGAAAACGAAGAAGAUAAUAAAAAUAAACAAAAAAAAAAAAAAAAUGAUACAACUAUACAACAACAAAAUAUAUUAUUACAUACACACCAAAAAGAAGAAAAUCCUUUACAUGGAAAAAUAAUUAGAAAUAAUAAUUAUUAUCAUAAUUAUAAUAAUUGUUGGAAAUGUACAAAGGGACAAUAUCCUAUUCAUAAUAUGACAUGUACAAAAAUUAAAAAAAAAAAAAAAAAAAAUGCUGAUAUAAGAAAAGAUUAUAUAAAUAACAAUAAUAUAGAAUAUACAUUUCAAGAAUUACAAUUAACACAAAAUAUGAAAAAGAAGAAAAAACAAAAAAUAAAAAAUAAAAAACAUGAAACAUUUCAUAUUAUAAAUAAUGAUAUGAUAAAUGAUCAUAUAUAUCAUAAAUUAUAUAAUGAUAUAUUUGAAAUCAAAAAUAAAAUUCAAAACAAUCAUAAUAUUAUGAACGAAAAGAAAGUUAAUAUUUAUAAUUCAAAAAAUCUAACCUAUUUAGGAAAUUUAACAAAUACUAUAGAUUUAAGAAUUAAUGAUAAUCUAUCAACUUUAUAUAAUGAUUUAAUACAUAAUGAUCAAAAUAUAAUACAGCACAAUGAUAUAAACAACAAUCAAAAUUAUACAAAUCAAAAUAACAAUAAUAUUACUAAUCAAAAUCAAUCAUGUCUUUUAUUGUGUCAGCUACAUUGUACUAUUGUAUCACGUCAACACGAAAUAGCUGAUAGUUUAUAUAAAAAAUUAAAUUUCGGAAAUAAAAAUGUUACUCUACCAAAUAAUAUAAAAAAAAAUACAAAUAUUUAUUUGUUCAAUCUCUAUUUUGAUGAAAAUAUGAAAACAUUAUUAUACAUUAUACCAUCCAAAAAAAUUUAUAAAUCCUUAAAUAGUAAUUGGAAGGUUGGUUUAAAAUGUAGGAUACAAAAACCACUAUGCGCUACUAACUAUAAUGCAUAUUCAGCUAGAAUCAGGAGGAUUAUUUACGAUCCUCAACAUUUAUGGAAAUGUGUAACGGUGAAAAAAGACACUCAGAAAUUUAAUAAAAACUCAAUAAAUCAAAAAGUUAACUUUUGGGAAUUAACUAAAAAGAAAAACGUGUAA